GUUUCCACAGAAACCAACCAACAUAAACGGGCGUCAUUAACGUUUUCACGUCGACCCAACUUAUACCAGUCCAAAUCCUUUGUUUUCGAGUAUAAAAGCUGUCAAAUAUGUCAUCUUCAGAUGAAGAAAGUACUGAAGGAGACGGUCUGCCAUAUCUUGGAGAAUAUGAAGGCGAACGAAACGAGAGCGAGGAGAGACAUGGACGUGGCAGAGCGAGACUACCAAAUCAAGAUACUUACGAAGGAAGCUACGAGUUUGGCAAGCGAAAUGGCAAAGGAAUUUAUAGGUUCAAAAAUGGAGCUCGAUAUGUAGGUUUUUACCUCUCAGGAAAGAAAAAUGGCGAAGGUGAAUUUUACUACCCUGAUGGCUCCAAGUACGAGGGAAGCUGGGUCAAUGAUCAGAAACACGGCUGGGGCAUCUACACAUAUCCAAAUAAGGACAAGUACGAGGGAGAAUGGGUUAAUGAUAAAAGGCAUGGUCAGGGAACUUAUACGUAUGCACAAACGGGCUCUACUUAYGAAGGGACCUGGCUCCACGGCAAAAUGCAAGGUUCKGGRCAGCUCAUUCAUGAGAACCACAGGUACGUUGGAAUAUUCGAAGACGACAAACCCAAAGGCAAAGGAAAGUAUAUGUUUAGCAUGGGCUGCGAAAUGCGUGGUCAUUACUCGUGGAUUGAUAAAGACAUCGAAGACAUGAAUGAAGAAGACACGCCUGAGCAACUCGUGGAUGUGAUGUGGACUGGCAAAGAGCUGUGUGAAGUUCCUAACGAAUAAUCAWGUCAUGGAUAAAUUUGAAAAGAAUAUGAAUUGCAGCAAGAAUAUUUUUUUUAAAUUGUGCACAUGGAAUCACUACUUUUGUAUAAGAAAACAACAGGAAUAUUUGAAAUAUUUUUAUUUGAAAAAAAAAGAGAAAAACUUGGGACAAAGGAUUCUUCARGGAGGCAGAAGUUGGAAAAAACAUUCAACCAACCAGUUGAGCUGUAAUAUCAUACAUAUAAACACUUGUGAUCCCUAAAUCCAUUUAUUUCAUUGUAUAAUAUUCCCUUUUAWAUCCCAACAAAUAUACAAAAAUAAGAUAAAUUCACAUAAUAUAAAUACAAUAAAAAAGAGUUAAAAUAUUA